AACGCGUUGAGUUCGGGAAGAAUUGGGAGGUCAACUCUGAAGAGAAGGUCGCCUCCGCUUCGACUUCCCACUGUCCCCAACCGAGGCAUGGGCUCUGCCACUGCUCUGCAGUGGGACGGUGGAGGCGCCGGAGCUUCCGCCAUCGAAGCCCUUGGCUCCCUCUUCAAGCUAACUGAAGUAUACCUCUGGGACGAUGGCUCCACGGAGACACGGGAGCCUCUGUCGGUCACAAAGAGCAGCAAAUCGCCUCACUGCAUCGACGAUAUUGGCAGUAAGAACUGCACAACCUCUGAUAUCUGCCUGUCAGCCGAAGACAAGGAAAUGAUGGAACAGAUGAAUGCACUUGGCCUUCCUGUUUCAUUUCAAACGAACAAACUGAAGAAGAGUGGAAAGGACAAGGCAAAAAAGAAGAGUUCAAGCAUGAAGGAUUCUUCAGGAUUCAAAGAAAUUGGGAAUGAAAUGCCUGAACUAUGCAUAGUGAGGGAGGCAGAUGUUGCAUCUCAUUCCCCAUUUCAUAAUGAUCCUAUUCCAAGUGGUUCUUUAAGUUCCACGUCAAUGCUGGGCCAAAGUGUAUCAUCUUGCUAUGAUGUUGCAGCACAUGCCCAGAAAUCCACUUGCGAUGCCGAAGAAGGAUUAUCUUGCUUCUCUGCAGCGACUAGUAUUCUUCGGUUCAUUACUGGUAUUCUUUUACAGAAGAAGAGUGGAAAGGACAAGGCAAAAGAGAAGAGUUCAAGCAUGAAAAUUUCUUCAGGAUUGAAAGAAAUUGUGAAUGAAAUGCCUGAACUAUGCAAAGUGAGGGAGGGGGAUGUUGCAUCUCAUCCCCCUUUUCAUGAUGAUCCUAUUCCUAGUGGUUCUUUAUGUUCCAUGUCAAUGAUGGGCCAAAGUGUAUCAUCUUGCUAUGAUGUUGCAGCACAUGCCCAGAAAUCCAUUUGCGAUGCCGAAGAAGGAUCAAGAAGUCUGUCUCGGAUUGAUCAUGGUGCCAUCAAUGAGCCAAUUUCUGUUGAAAUUUCUGGUUUACAAACUACUUGCCACAGUUGUGUCACUGAAGUUGUUUCAGAGGAGACUUUGCAAUUGGAUGAGCCAGAUGCUCAGAGUGAUUCUCAUGUGAGAAAACGAAAGAAGAAAAUUACGCAAAAGAAGGGGCAGAGGACAUUUUCUGGUGCUGCUGAUGAAGACCUAAAAUUCCUUCUGCUGGAAGAAUAUUCAACAACUAUCAAGAAGUACUGGUAUCAGCGGUAUCUUCUAUUCUCCAGAUAUGAUGAUGGCGUAAAACUGGAUGAGGAAGGGUGGUUUUCUGUCACCCCAGAGCCUAUCGCUAAGCACCAUGCCCUUCGCUGUGGCAGUAAUGUCAUAAUUGAUGGAUUUACUGGUGUCGGUGGGAAUGCCAUUCAGUUUGCAAAAUGUGCCAAGCAUGUUAUUGCAGUCGACAUUGAUCCAAAGAAGAUCGAGUACGCCAAUCAUAACGCUGCCAUCUAUAAAGUUGAUGACCGAAUUGAUUUUGUGAGGGGUGACUUCUUUCUCCUGGCACCAAGACUAAAGGCAGAUACUGUCUUCUUGUCACCUCCUUGGGGAGGACCUGAUUAUGCAAAAGUAGAGACAUAUGAUAUCAAGACGAUGCUUAAGCCACAUGAUGGCUUCCUCCUCUUCAAAACUGCCAAGGGAAUUGCCUCUAAAGUGGUCAUGUUCCUCCCAAAAAACGUGGAUGUUAACCAACUAGCGGAGCUCUCUCUUUCUUCCUGUCCUCCAUGUUCGCUAGAGGUUGAGAGGAAUUUCUUGAAUGGCAGAUUGAAGGCUCUAACUGCUUACUUCACCAACCCUGAAAUCAGCACGAACAAUGACCAAUAAACGUCAACCUGAUGAUGGAUCUGAGUUAAUAUGAAGAUCACCGCCGUGUUCGCAUAUCGAGCUAAGUUUGUGCUUGCAUAAGUACGCGGGGUAGUUUUCUUGCCAGAUCAAAAUGUAAAUUCCUGGCGCCUAGCUUUUGUUCUUGGGUAAUUCAAACUUAAAAUUAUUUUGUGCAAUACUCUUGUGCCUAAAUUGGCUGUAAAUGAUUAUGAAUUACUGUUAUUGAUAAAGCAAUCUAGCUGUCUGUACGAUUCUUUUGGCCA